AUGGCACUGAAUCAUCCAGACCAGCCACACAUUACGGAAUCCAUUCGGGAGAUCAGUGACAAUUCCUGGCUCAUUUCGAGCGAGUUUCUUCUCGCGCAUUAUCCAUCGCCUCCCCCAGCAGAAAACAUUUCUACAGAUCACACCUGCUGGAGCGAUAGCAAUGGUGGGCAUUUCAUGCUCUCUCCGGCACCAGAGCCACUUCCUGAUUCGCGACCUCUCUCUGAAUAUUCUCCACAUCUCCCACGAGUUUACGCCAUUGGAAACUCGACGGCUGUGUGGCGAGCAGGCGAGGCCUUUAUCAAAGUCCACCCCAUAUAUUCUCCUCUUCUCACAAGGGAGCAUGUGACCCUGCGGUUCCUUAAAGAUCGACAACCCCAAGGAUUUACAUUUCCCGAGGUUUACCGUCAUUUUGAGGUUGACAAUCGAUAUUUUAUGAUUGUCUCGAAAGUUCCCGGUCAGCUCCUCGAUGAGGCUUGGCCAAGCAUGGAUGAGACUCUUCGGGAAUAUUACAUUGGCAAAAUGGCAAAUAUCUGCCAUUACUUGGCACGAUGGAAAGGUGAUACUAUCAGUGGCGUUGAUGGAAACUCACUUCAAGAAUGGUACUUGCGAAAAGGUAACGAUGAUUCAGCGGAUGCUGUAACUCCGGAACAACUUACCAAAAAUUGCACUGCCAUGGAAAUGGAUGUCUCGAAUUUGGUCUUUUAUCACUGUGAUCUUGGCCCUACAAAUCUUCUGGUGGAUCCCUCAACAAGCGCGCUGGGGAUCAUCGAUUGGGAGAUUGCUGGCUACGUUCCCAUUGAAUGGGUGAGAACAAAGUUUCGGCUCUCGCCCGGUAUCGAUUUCACGUAUACCGAUGAUGCAUCCAAAACAGACUGGCGUCGCCGAGUUGCCCAGCGUCUGGAAAAGAUGGGAUAUCGUGACGUUGUUGAUGCGUUUUUCAAAUUUCAGAAAUCUUGA